AUGAUUUUAAUAAAUCUGGGUCAUGCAGCCCUCUCGACAGUCCAGUUUUACAACCGCCCCCUCACACCACAAAUGCAAAUGGUGGCUGGGUUUUCUGGCAAAAUCCAUACCCAGGUCAGCGUUCCUCCCCCUGCAAACCGGUUCCAGGAAAGGCCAAUUCAGCUAGCCAGCCACGUGUCCAGGGCACCCACAGCUGUCCAGCCUUCUUCCUUCCUCUCCCCCUGCCUCCAGUGGCAGGACCUUGGCCUGUCCUAUCUCCUGGACACACCUUUCCCUCUCCCCUCUCCACCUGGUUCUGUGGGAGGCCACUCAGAGCUGAAGGCAGAUGUUGUUUUCUGGCGCUCGGGGCUGUGA